CAACUUACCUGGUUAACGGACGUAUGUUUAGUUCAGGAUGAGACAUGUACAAGAAGACAAGAAGACUAUUUAAGUUUUCACCAGAUUGAAAAAAAUGGGGAAAAGUAAAAAGUACAAAUUCCAAAAACUAUGGACUGGGAAUGAUUACGCUCUCAGACACAGUAACCAACAGCGAUCUCCAUCUGAAGAAACAGUCAGAGUUCUAACAAUGCAAAUACGUAACGUACCAGAACAACCCUCUAGUUUUAUGAAGAAAUCUGAAGAUGAUGAAAUUACAAAAUAUCCAGAAAUUACACAAAAUCACGAUGAUCCUGAUGGAAGGAAUACACAAAAGAAAAAACCUAUUGCUUGCCUUGAAUGUGUUAAACCGAUUCAGGUUUUAACAAGAAAAGAAAUAAAAAGAGGGGAUCACAUCAAAUUCCAUGGACGAAUAUAUGAUCACCAUGCAAUUGUAGUCGAUGUUAAACCUUCAAACGAAAAAGAUCAUAAAGCAGUCGUAGAAUUGGUGCAUGCAUCAAACACGACAGCUGGUGCAAUAUAUUGUUGUAUGCGGCCGUUUGGUAGCAAAGCAAAACUGUUGAGUGAAACGAAACGAAUAAAUUUAAAAAAGAUAAAAGUGAUGGUUUAUAAAUAUUCGUAUACAAUUGAACAUUUUUCGCCCAAAGAGAUUGUCAGUAGAGCAGUCACAGCGAAAUCAAACCCUAAUUUCAAAUAUAAUGUGUUAAAUAAUAAUUGCGAGCAUUUUGCAACACAGUGCGUUACAGGAGAAAGUCUUAGCUUGCAAGUUCGAAAGAUAAGAAUGGUAAGGCGACUUUUUGCAAAUCGAGGAUUUCAAGGUAUCAGCGACGAAGUUUUUCGAAAUAAAAUCGAAUAUGAAAAUGGAAUGCUCUGUGUUCCGUGUUACGAGAGAAACAAAAAAUUAUUAAGUGUCGCAAAACAACCGAUCAAAUCGAAAGGGGACGUGGAGAUCGGUGAUAUAAUUGCAUACACCUAUUACAGAUGUUGGCAUUCUGCUGUCGUACUUGAAAUCGAAUCACACGACAGGUCACUACGGUGCAAAAUAGCUCAUUAUGCUUUUCGUGGUUUACAUAGACAUAGAAAAAUUCGGGAGGAAACAUUAAGAAUUCCAUUCGAUGGAAGUGUAAAAGUAGCUAAUUAUUCUGAGCCUGAUUAUACUGUCUACGAUCCAGAGGAGGUGGUGGAAAGGGCUCGAAGUAAGCUUGGCGAAAAACGUUAUGUACAUUUUUCAAAUGAUUCAAGUCAUUUUGCUCGUUGGUGUAAACUUAAAUUGUAUAGAAAUUGAAAUUUAUUGCUAUAAAAACCAAUAAUGUGCAUGGAAUCCUUACGAAACAUAUGCAUACAAUAUGUCUUCUUAAAAGAAUGUUUGCUUUGUAAUUAGCUGCAUAUUUGAUAGUAACAAAAUAAAAAUGGUAACAUAAUCCAAUCUCCACAAAAAUAUUAAGCACUGACGGAGGAACUUGGAGCUUUUGUUCAAUCCCCGAUUUUUCAGUUCAAAAACUUUAAGAUAGAUAAAAUCUUCGAUACUAAACAUUGGCCUUUAAAAUCUGCCAAUAGUAUAUUGGAAACAUUGCUUUUCAAUUCAUUGUACCUUAUUAUGUGUGAUUUUUUUUAAACAAUUGAAAUGAUUUUAAUAAAAAUUAUCAAUUUA